AUGUCUUCUCUAUGCAUGAACAGACUCUCCGAGGAGAGAAAGCAAUGGCGUCGAGACCACCCUUUUGGUUUCUUUGCCAAGCCCAUGCGCGGCUCGCAAGGCGUGAUGGACCUAAAGAGAUGGGAGUGUGGAGUCCCAGGCAAGGAGAAAACAAUAUGGGAUGGUGGGCUCUUCAAGCUCGAAGUUAUAUUUCCUGAUGGCAAAUUCACACCACCGUUGUUCCACCCGAAUGUGUACCCCUCCGGCACCGUUUGUCUCUCGAUCUUGAAUGAGGAAGAAGGCUGGAAACCCGCAAUCACCAUCAAGGAGAUUCUGCUGGGUAUCCAAUCACUCCUCGAUGAACCGAAUCCAGAAUCACCCGCACAAGCUGACGCGUUCAACCUCUUCAAAAAGGACAAAGCCGCUUACGAGAAGAAGAUCAAGAGCAUCGUCAAGGACAAUCCCGCGCCAUGA